UUUCUUCUGCUCCCAAUAAAAGGCAUUACCAGACUCCAUUCUUCCUCUAUCUUCAAAUUAUUUCUCUUCUUCUCUGAUUAAUUUCUAGCUUAAUCCCCAUAGUCACAAUGGCUGUAUUGGAAGAGCUCCAAGAAAGACCCAUAAAGCAUAGAGCUCCAAAAGGCAACAUUAUUGAGCGAUUAUUAUUCGACUGCCCACUGGAAAAUGCCCGCUCAUGGACCAGGGAGUCCAACGUCACCAGUGGCCAUUCUUUUCAAAGAAUUCGAUUAUCCUUUGGAGCCAAAAUUGGUCACGCUCAUGGACGUUUCGCUGCUGUGUGCAUGUCAUACUUGAACACCAAUUUGAUAAUAAUUGCAUCCUUGCCCCAUAACUUUCGGAUUCAGCUUCCAAGCAGAUCCUUAAACUUGCAAUUGCCAAUUGCAACGUGUCAUCUUCAGGAUUAUUGGGCUUACAACUCGGUUGUAGUUAAUUUGGAUGUGGCUGAACCAUCUUCCAACCAACAACAUCAACAUCAGGUUUGUACAUUUCGACCUACUCUUUGUCAUUUUCUUCUCAUAUAUUUACUGUGUGCCGUUAAGUGGCAUUAAUGAUAAAUCCUAGGCUGAAAAAUUAUUACGCUUCCCUGGAUCCUCUUAGCCAUUUGCAUAUCCCUUAAAAAAAUAACCUCUUAGGCAGAAAUAGGUAAGUUAACUAAAUUACCCCCAAUUAAAUAGGUACUGAAAUUUGAUCACUUAACACUGAAGAAGGGUAAUUUUGGAAGAAUGAGGUUAGUUGUUUCUUAAUUUGGUAAGUGGAACUCAUUUUGAACAAAAACAAAAGGUAAGUGAACACUCUUUUUGAAUCGGAGGUAGCAGUACCGAGAAGAGGAUGAAGUGUUGGGAUCUUUUCGAAACGAGUUUGGGUUAAUGAGUCGGGUUGCGAAAGAGUUAGGUUUAAUAACAUGUGGACCAAUAAAUUAAGAGAAAUUGACUUAGAUAACCGCCCAUCAAAUUAAUAGCCAACAAAUGUAUGUUUUUUGUAUAACAAUGUAUGGUAUACAUAAAAUAUACAUUUUUGAUACAUAAUAAUAUAUAUUUGGCUAGAGAAUGUAAUUAUUUUUUGUCAACCGCCCAAAAGUGUAACUUGCCUAUAAUUAAUGCCACAUAUUUAAUUAAAAAUUCUAUAUAUUCCGGAUCAGAUUUUGUUAAAAGAGGGGCAAUUUAAGCUUAAAUUUAACAUUAAGGGAAAUUAUAGCCCAAUAGGUGGAGGGAAAUUCUCUGCUCAACCCAUUUGUAAAUUUGAUAAGAAAGAGAUAAGAUAUAUCUUUAUAUGUUUGGUAAAGGAAAGUUUUGUCACAAUAUUGAGAAUAUAAAAUAAAGUAUGCCAAACUUUGAGCUCAGAGGAAAUUUGAACUUGUACACAAGUUUGACAAAUUGAGAAUUACAAAUACCAUCAGUGAAAAUAUGUCUUUACAAUAAUUCUACCGUCUAAAGCUCUUAAAGUUUGACAUCAUCUCUUUAACUGUCUAAAAAAUCUACAAAACACUCCAAUUUUUAUGCAUCUUGCAUACUAAUAGCUUUAUAUGCAAAAUAAAAGGAACCUGGAAGAAAAACACUAUUUUCACGGUCAAACUAAAAGAAAAUGCUAUAUUCAUUUAAUUAUGGCCUCAGUGAAAGAAAGCUCAAGAUGCCCAGGUUGAUUGCAAGGAUAUAAUCUAUGUUGCUCAGACUCUUCAAAAAUGACAUAGGGUGCAUGUCGAAUCCUCCAAAAAUAGUGCAUUUUUAGAGGAUUCAACACGGGCGCGACAAUAAUUUUGGAGAGUCCGAGCAACAUAGGAUAUAGUUAAAGGUGAUUAUUAGUUUUGGUGCUACUUCCUAGGUGCAUAUCCAUUGGAGACAAAUUUAUGGGCAAGAAUAUUUAUGGAUUUACAAAAGUUUUGUGCUAAAGGACGCUGUUCAGAUGCCAUGUUUUGUGAAAAAAGGACACAAACCAAAAGUGGUAUCACGUUGCUAGAUUUUACAUACUUAAUGAGAAAGGCAGAAGCAUACAUAAAGAUGUCAUUUGAAUCUAAUAGAAGGCUUUCCCCUCAGAACUAUGUUAAGAGGCAGACAACGUUUUCUCCCAUAUGUUCUGUUGGAGCACAAACAUCAGUGACAUAGCACUUCCUUAGCUGUGAGGAGUUUGAAAGAGGCUUCAAUGCUAUUUUUAGCUAUGGAGAUGCACGGUCUCUGCAUAUCCAGAAAGUUUGCUUAUGCACUUAUCGACUUAUACAUAACAAAAGCCUCUAAGAGCCAACUAUUUUUGGUGAACUGUGUUUUGGGCAACAACUGCCUGCUCAAAUACUUUCUUCUUUCCAUGAGUGUGGAUUUGCAUAUGCUACCUAUGAGGUAACAAAGUACUAGUGAGAUUGCUUCAGGUUCAGAACAUCGUGGUCUUCUAGAACUAUGUUGCUCGGACUCUCUAAUAAUGCUUGUAGACAAUAAAAUUCGCGUCGAGAAAAUAAUAAUCAAGACAGAAAAAUAUCGCAACAAUUGUUGUAUUUGAUUUCAGAAUACGAGUGUUACAAUCUCUAUGAUUCCUCUGAUUCGUCUUUUCAACAAUAAAUUCAAGGGCUUUUGAGUUUGAUCUUGAACUUGAUGGAUUUGAUUUUAACUUGGACUUGAAUUCAAAGGUUUUUGAGCUUGGUUUUGAAUUUUCGUCUGGAUCUCUAGAACUUCUAGAAAUAUACUUGCGUGCUUGAAUACUUUCAACUUGUAGAGAAA